AUGACAAGGUUGUUGAGCUUCUCCUCAAGAACGAUGCCAAUGUCGAUGCACAAGACAAAAGAUUUGCGGCAGCACUUAUAUUGGCAUCAUCUGAGGGCCAUGGAAGCAUUGUCGAGCUUCUGCUGGACUAUGGCGCUAACAUCGAUGCACAAGGCCAAGGCCAUGCCACAGCGCUCCACUUGGCGUCAUCAAAGGGGCACGAGAAGGUUGUUCGGACUCUUCUGA